GAAGCUGAUGCUCUCUGCUUGCGUUUCUGAACCUUAUCCAUCUCUUCAUCUAAUCCUCCACAGCUAACUAUUUGUGUUGAUUGUGGUAGCAGCGGCACCAGUGGAAGCAAGAGAAGAAUGACAAUGGCAAUGGCAGCGGCAGCGGCAGCGGCCUGUGGGAGCGAUAAUAGAUGGAGCAUGGCAUCUCUAAUGUCAGCGCUCCCUUCUCCUUCUUCUUCUUCAGUGACCGCUGCAGUGCGAUUCCCAUCCUUACGUUCCCGUGCUCUCAGCCUAUCCCGCCGCCAACAGCCCCUCUUUCUUCGCUCUUUCACGGGUCUUUCUCCUCUAAACCCUCUCCUCUCCUUUGGGUUCUCGGAUUGUACCAGUUUUGAGCAUGGGUUCCCCUCUAUUGAUAAUGGGUCUCGAUUUUUCGCCAUGAGACAUGGAAGACGAGUUCCUAAGCUCAAUCGGCCUCCUGACCAGCGCCGGGCUCUCCUCAGAGGCCUCACUACUCAGCUUCUUAAACAUGGACGUAUCAAAACGACUAGAGCUCGGGCCAGCGCCAUGAGGAAGUAUGUUGACAAGAUGAUUACAUUGGCCAAGGAUGGGUCUCUCCACAAGAGAAGACAAGCUCUAGGCUUCAUCUAUGAAAAGCAGAUUGUCCAUGCCUUGUUUGCGGAGGUACCGGACAGGUAUGGCGAAAGAAAUGGUGGAUAUACGAGAAUUAUUAGAACUCUGCCAAGGCGAGGAGACAAUGCGCCCAUGGCAUAUAUUGAACUUGUUUAGGUAUUUGCUUUUCUUAAACCCAAUUUGUGAAAAACUGAAGAUAUUCCCAAAUCACUUGUCUGUAUUUUUUUUUUCCUAUCACCUGUCUCCAGUUUAACCCGUCUUUGUGAAUGUUUACAUUUUUGAGAUAAGAGCCAUGCACUAUGAACUGGUGUAUUUUGAUUCUACUAUUUUAUAUCUUGUUGGGUAUGCAUUGAUGCCA